AUGCGUUUCUCCCCCCUCUUCGCGUCUGCCGCAUUGGCAUUCGCAUCCCAAGCUUUCGCUCAAGACUACAUUAUCCGUAAUUGGUGCCCAGAGCCCAUCGAAUGGUUCAUCGGGCUAGAGUCCCAAGGGACACUCGCAACUGGCGCCAGUGCUCUUCGUCCGAACCUGGGAACUAGCCCCGGCUUCAUCUACACCACCGCGAAUGGCGGUAUUCGCGACGGCCAGCUUGUCGCAACCCGCGCCGGGUUCUUCUUCGAGCCCAACUACUGGUGGUACUACAUCGUUCGAGACGGGAACAGCGACAAUUUCAACACUGGCAUCAGUAUCACACCCAGCCGACUUCCCGAGGAUGGUUUCUGCACCACUGCUGCAUGUCGAGACGGCAACUGCACUACUGCAGCUCGAACCCCGCCGGUUUUCAAUGGCGGUCCACCGCCGGCCGAUGCCCCUGCACCCAACCCUCCAGGCUACCGCUGCAAACACUCUGACACCAACUUUGACAUAACAUUCUGCCCUGGCUUCAACUGGCCAUCCGCGCGAGGAGCGCAGGUCGUACCGAAUGGGAACACCAGAAAGUGCAUGGACGUUCGAGGCAACGCUCUCGAGAACGGAACGCCUGUCCAGAUUUACGACUGCAACGACACCGAUGCGCAACGCUGGCUGCUCAGCUUUGGAUCCACCCAGGUUAGGCUCGCUGGGACCAACUUUUGCUUGGAUGCCGGAUCCAACCAGGUCCAGGCAAUGGCGUCCAGAUGA